AUGGCCAGCAACGACCCCAAGCCCGACACCGCUAAUAACAAGCCGGAAAAUGCCUCAGACGAUGCUCGCGCUGAUGUUACAGCGGCCGUUGAAGAGCUCCUAAACUCUCUCUCCAACAAGUUUGCGGGUGUUUCCUCAGAGAUCUUUGCUAAGAGUAAGCCUGUUUGUUCACCUCCAAGUAUCUCAAAGUGCCCCACACUGACCUUGCUUCUUCAAGUGGAUGAGAUGUCUCGAAGAUUGGAUAACCUUGAGGCAGCCCUUCAAGAGAGCAACAAGCCAAAAGACGGAAGCGCAAACAAACCUUGA